AUGAAAUACAAACAGCAUCGGCAUCAUUUUGACGGCUGGAGCACCAGCUCCACGUACUACGUUGGCAUCUACGCGAUCUACGUUAUUGCCGACACGCCGCUGCUAGCGCCACUUUUUGAAGAGAACGCCUUCGGAGCUGACUUGCGCAUCGCGUUCAUCAUGGAGACGCUUGCUGUUUCUGGCAAGCAGCCUGGCUGCGUACGCUUCAUUAUCGGUGACAAUUGCAUCACCAUCCAGGCCAUAGCCACGCGCAUGGGGCUGCCUUUGGUUGGUUGCGCUAGCCAUCGGAUCAAUUUGGCGAUUCAACAGCAUGUUGCUGAGCACGAGGCCCUUCUCUCGCAAGUGAACGAGCUGGCGUUUCAACUUCGGACCAAAAAAACGCAGCGACGCUGCUGA